AUGCAUAUAAUUCUUCAUAAUACAAAAGAUGCCAAUUUAGUGCAGUAUUAUGACUGUAUCUAUUAUACAAAUGAAACAUCGUAUCUGGGUGAGGGUGAAGGUACAGUUCCUGUAAAAUAUUGUCAGCAACCAUCUAAAAUGGUAAAAUUAGAUCGUUCAAAUGAUACUUGUUUGAAUAACAGUACAAAAUUAUUCUAUUUUCAAUUGUCAGAGUUAUCUAUAACGCCAAAUGAUUUAUUAAAAUGGCCAAGUUCAUCUGUUGAACAUGUAGAUGAAUAUGCUUCUUAUCUAAGAAAUAAGGCUGACAAUAACUAUUUAUGUAAUUGUACAAUUCCUGGCACAUUUGGUAAGUUUUGUGAAAAUAAAUUUUAUUAUGAUGCAACAACAUUUGACGAAGCCGUUAAAGAACAAUUUGGACAAAUUCGAGCUAAUAGAUAUGGUAAUCAACUGCAUAAUAAUCGUCCAUGUUAUUCAACAUUGGGAACAACAUGCAAUUCGGGAUUAAUGUGUCUUGACUGGAGAGAUAUAUGUGACGGAACACAACAGUGUAUGGAUGGUGUCGAUGAAGACUUUUGUCAUUUACUGGAGUUCAACGAAUGUGAUGAAAAUGAAUAUCGUUGUUCGAAUGGAAUGUGUCUCCCAGAUGAAUACUGGCUCGAUGGUACGUAG